AUGCAGCUCAUAGGAAUCAAUCUCAACUGGGGAUUGAUGGGUAUUCUAUUCGUCCAACUGUACAUAUAUGGAUAUUCAUUUCCAAAUGAUCCUAAAUUUAUCAAGAGUCUUGUGUUUGGGCUGGGAGUGCUUGAGGCUAUCCAGACAAUUUUGGCGACGUUGGAUGGAUACCACUGGUUCGCUGCUGGGUUCGGAAACGUGCUUACCUUAAACGAGCCGUACAUCUCUGCAUUUGAUUCCCCUUUCUUGGACAGCAUCAUAUCUCUGGUUGUUCAAUUCUUUUUUGCAUAUAGAAUCUGGGUGUUGACGAGAUCGUACCUUCCGGUCGCCGCUGUUGUGCUUGGGCCGGAAUGGCAGUUGGAAUUCAGAUGUGGCUUGCUGGAACUUCUGAGAUCACGAAGCACCCUUUCCAAUACAAAUCAUACAAUUCUUCGUCUGGUACGGAUCACAAUAGAGACAAAUUCACUCACUGCUGGAGUUGCAGUCCUUUCUCUGAUACUCUUCUUGUCGUUCCGGGACCAGCCGACAUUGAAUGUCCCAUCAGCUUACGUGCUAGGAAAACUGUACACAAAUACAUUUUUGGCGAUGCUCAAUAACCGACUGUUGAUCGCUAAGGACGCAAAAGGGGUCGUAUCGAAGUUCGAAUGGACAUUCGCAGUCCUACCAGCAAUGAACACCACGGCACUUUUGUCGGCAAAUAGUACCAAGAAGUCCUCUCGACAACACAUCAGCGUUGAAAUAAUACAAACACAGACAUUAUCUGUCGACCCCGAAAUGGCUAUCCCUCUCGACGAGCUGGUAGCUACUGCUCCACACCAAUCUCAUAGUGGAUGA